AUGGCCAUUGAAAAAUUCACGAUCCGCGUCGGAGGCGAGAGCUUUGUGUUCACACGGGCCCAGCUCGAAUCCGACCCAGGAAACUAUUUUGCCGAAUAUUUUUUAAUCGGAUUCAAAGACGUGCCCUAUGGAACACGGGAAUUGGAGAUUGAAAAGGAGCCGCUCUUGUUCAAACUCAUCCAGGCGCACCUCCGGGGUUACGAUAUCCUCCCAUUACCCGACCAAUGGAUCCCGCCGUACAUGACCAAAGAGGGUGCGCUGAAGAACUUGUACAAGGAGGCGCAGUUUUAUGGUCUUUGGAAUCUCCAGAACCGCAUCGACGAGUUUAGGGCCAGCGAAGCGCGGCUGAGCAGGAUGAGCUCGCGUUCGACUGCUUCGCAGAAGCGCUAUAAACUUGCCCAAUACAAGCAAUCGGGAUGGGUGAAUUGCGACCUCUCCGAGAGCGGGUACAAAGUUCUCUUACAGCGCUUCCUUUCCACACCACAUUUCCAGCUCCUUGCGCCGACAAGCCUUCACUGUCCGGGCUUUACGCUCGUGGCGUGCUGGAAGGAUGUCCAGAAUGACGAAGACAGCAAUCUCGGUCUUCCACGACUGUGCAUUUGUGCACUACUUGAAUCGGACGCUUGA